AAUCUCGAUCUUCGUUACAUCUUUUUAAAAUCAAUCAGUGUUUGUUGAAAAAAGUUCCACACAAAAACCAAUGAUGAGACAAAAGAGAUCAUCAGACACAAUCCAUGUCUUCAAUCUUAUGGUCCUCUGUUUCAUCGCUCUGUUUUCUUAUUCCGUCCUUGGCCAGGGAAAGAUCCGGAGAUUCAAAUGGGAAGUGAAGUACGAGUUCAAGUCACCGGAUUGUUUCGAGAAGCUAGUAAUAACAGUCAAUGGUAAGUUUCCAGGUCCCACCAUUAAAGCUCAACAAGGUGACACCAUUGUUGUUGAGCUCAAGAAUAGCUUCAUGACUGAAAACGUCGCUGUCCAUUGGCAUGGAAUCCGACAGAUUGGGACUCCAUGGUUCGAUGGAGUAGAAGGUGUUACUCAGUGUCCAAUUCUUCCUGGAGAAGUCUUCACUUACCAAUUCGUCGUUGAUAGGCCUGGUACAUACAUGUAUCAUUCACACUAUGGGAUGCAGAGAGAAUCUGGAUUAAUCGGAAUGAUCCAAGUUUCUCCUCCGGUCACAGAGCCCGAACCGUUUACAUACGAUUAUGACCGGAAUGUUUUGUUAACAGAUUGGUAUCACAAAAGUAUGUCAGAGAAAGCCACCGGUUUAGCAUCAAUACCCUUUAAGUGGGUCGGUGAGCCACAAUCGCUUUUGAUACAAGGAAGAGGAAGAUUCAACUGCUCAAACUACCUAACCACUCCUCCAAGCUUAGUCUCAGGAGUCUGUAACGCCUCAAACACUGAUUGUUCACGUUUCGUCCUUACGGUGAUUCCCGGAAAGACAUACAGGCUUCGAAUUGGUAGUUUGACGGCUCUCUCUGCUCUCAGUUUCCAAAUCGAGGGACAUAAUUUGACGGUUGUUGAAGCAGACGGACACUACGUCGAACCAUUCACGGUGAAGAAUCUAUUUAUAUACUCCGGCGAAACUUAUUCCGUGCUUCUCAAGGCAGAUCAAAACCCUAAACGAAACUAUUGGAUCACCACAAGCAUAGUUAGUCGUCCAGCGACAACUCCACCGGCAAUCGCCGUACUCAACUACUACCCGAAUCACCCACGACGGCGUCCUCCCACGCCGGAAUCCUCCAACCUCCUACCGGAAUGGAACGACACGCGCUCCCGUCUUGAACAAAGCCUAGCAAUCAAGGCACGUCGAGGAUUUAUUCACGCGCCGCCGGAGAAUUCAGACAAAGUCAUUGUGCUUUUGAAUACACAAAACGAAGUCAACGGAUACAGACGUUGGUCAGUCAACAACGUUUCCUAUCACCACCCUAAAACGCCCUACCUAAUCGCGUUAAAGCAAAACCUCACAAACGCGUUCGACUGGCGUUUCACGCCGCCGGAGAAUUACGAUUCACGAAAUUAUGAUAUUUUCGCGAGACCCAUAAACGCUAACGCGACGACGAGCGAUGGAAUCUACAGAUUGAGAUUCAACUCAACCGUGGACGUGAUUUUACAAAACGCGAAUACGAUGAACGCGAACAACAGUGAAACGCACCCGUGGCAUUUACACGGUCAUGAUUUUUGGGUACUAGGGUAUGGAGAAGGGAAGUUUAACGAGUCAGAGGAUCCGAAAAGGUAUAAUCGGGUCGACCCGAUAAUGAAAAACACGGUUGCGGUUCAACCGUUUGGGUGGACGGCGUUGCGUUUUAGAGCGGAUAAUCCUGGCGUUUGGUCGUUUCACUGCCACAUUGAAUCGCAUUUUUUCAUGGGAAUGGGGGUUGUGUUUGAGUCUGGGAUUAAUAAGGUUUCAAAUUUACCUUCUUCUAUAAUGGGAUGUGGACAGACUAAACGCUGAUUAUAUUGUUUAAUCAGAUUCGUAUAGAAAACAUUUAUUUU